GAAGCCGUGCGCUGAUAACUGGGUGGUGAGUGAGUGUGUGACUCAGUCGGCCGUGCGGUCGUGUGUCCUGAUUGAAAGCUGUGUUCAGCUGGAUUACACAUCACCACAGUUAUUUCUUUGGCCACUCGUGGUGAUUCGGAUGCUUUGUUUUGCGUUGUGAGUGUGUAGGUUAUACACAGGGAGUGUUCCUCUGCAGUAGCGUGGUGUUUUUCUUCGUGCGGACUCUGACUCAUCAUCACACACUCGCACUAAGCCCAUGGCACAGGAGAGUUUUUAACUCCGUUUGGUUUUGAUCAUGAUGUAACCGAAGGAACUGCGGGAAUGCACUUGUUUAUCUUUGUGAUAAACCACAUGUAAGCACGUCUUUACAUGUAAACAAGUGUGUAGAUCGGACGUUGUCUCUGUCGCUGGCUUGGAGGACUGGGAACUGGUCGUAAAUGGAUCGCCAUUCCAGUUUCGUUUCACUUUGGCUUCAGCUGGAACUCUGUGCCAUGGCCGUGCUCCUCACUAAAGGAGAGAUCAGGUGCUACUGUGAUGCUCCACAGUGUGUUGCCACUGGAUACAUGUGCAAAUCAGAGCUCAACGCCUGUUUUACCAAGGCUUUGGACCCGUUUAACACAAACUCCCCAUUAACACAUGGAUGUCUAGACCCACUAUUAAACUCUGUGGAUGUGUGCACUCAGAACUCGGAUGUUUCAAAUGGAGGCCCGUCUCCUAUUGAGUGCUGUCAUGAUGAUAUGUGCAACUACCGGGGUUUACCCAGUAUUGUUCACACACAAAGUGACCCCACAGAUCGUUCAAGCUCAAACCAGAACUUGAUCACACGAGUUCAAGAGUUAGCCUCAGCGAAGGAGGUAUGGUUCCGGGCGGCUGUGAUCGCCGUACCCAUCGCAGGAGGCCUGAUCCUGGUGCUGCUCAUCAUGUUGGCACUCCGCAUGCUGCGCAGUGAGAACAAGCGGCUCCGGGUGCAGAGACAGCAGAUGCUCUCACGCUUGCACUACAGUUUCCAUGGGCAUAACCAUGCCAAGAAGGGCCACAUGGCAAAGCUGGACCUGGAGUGCAUGGUGCCUGUGACUGGCCAUGAGAACUGCUGUGCAGGUUGUGAUAAACUCCGUCAGGCUGAACUGAGCGCACAAGGGGGCGAACGAUUCCUUUCACUCGUGCACUGGGGCAUGUACACAGGCCACGGGAAACUCGAGUUCGUAUGACUAGUGACUAUUUCACCGUGCCUCUGUGCUGGGACUGAACUCGCUCGCUGGUCUUUGGGAACCAGAGUGAAGAUGUUCACCAUGCUUGAACUGUGUAGCAUUUUGUUGCUGUACUAUUAUUAUUAUUAUUAUUAUUAUUAUUAUUAUUAUAAUUAUUAUUAUUUUCCAUUUGCAUUGUAAUUUUAUUGUUUUCUUUUGUAAAUGGAGAGAGAAAUGCUUUUUUUUUUCCCUUGAUGGAGCACUUUACUUGAAUUAGAGCUUGAGAGGGCAGAGUUGUUGAAAUAAGCCUUUCAAGCCCUGUCCUGUGGAUCCUUGACUGACACUGAAGACUGAAGGAUUCAUCUUAUUUGCACAUUUGUAUAAAUUCGAGAUGAAAAUACUUUUUUGCAUUUAAAAAAAAAAAAAAAAAAAAAAAUCACUGACACCAGGGUACAAAUAGGACCUUUUUUCAGUCAAGUUCUAUAAAUAAAGGACUCAGUGUUGACUGUAAAUGUUUAAACAUGCCUGGCAAUGAUUUUCUUAUAAUUCUUUUUUAUAAGGAUGUGUGUAUUAAUGUGUGUUUUACAGAUGCUUGUUUUCUCUGAAGUUUAGUGGUAGCAGACGCAGGGGAGUUAACACAGGGGCCUUGUUCAAAAGUAGAGCCUUCCACUGCGCUGCGUCAUUUCUGAAGCCCCUCCAGAGGGGACACAUUACGUUUCUCUUGCUCUCUCACACUUGCACUCUGGGGAUUAAUGCUGCAGGCUGAGUGAGUAUUUAUUUAGCAUUUGAGGGAAUGUCAGGAAGCUGUAAGCUCUGAGCCCUCAGCUUGCACUCUGCAGGCACAGUAACGCUCCUGUGUUCACCCAGCCUGGAGAUUUCACCUCCCUACAAACCUGUUCCGAGAACUUUGACAUUUUCAGAGUAAGUCAAUAUAGUGGUGUCCGGGUAACUGUACUCACACACUGAUCUGCAAACCACAGUGCUCAGCUUGACCUAAGGCUCACAUUCCACUGUGAAUUAGUUUGCUAUGGAGAUGGUGUAGUAAAGCGCUCCGCAUAUUCUCAGACAGAAGUGAAGAAAUGAGCAAAAACACUGAUAUCUUUUCAGUUCAAUUGUAAAUAUGAUCGAUGCUAGAAAGAUGUGUGUAAUGGAUCAUGAUAUGGUACGGGGAAAAAAAUUCAAAUGUUUCAUACAAUUUCUUCGAUUUUAGUCUUAAAUAGGUUAUGUUGAUGCGAUACAGCCAUCAACAUAUAAAGUUGUGCCUGGUAAUCUGUGCAAGGACUUCAUGUGUGCACUGUGUAAACUGUGUAGUGCUGCGAUUGUGGGAAAACAACUGUUCAACAGCAGUGAACAGUGAAUUAUCUGAUACCUGUUUUUUUUAUGAAGCCUAGGUUUGAAAUGAUCUUGAAAGUGAAUGGGUGUUCAAAGCAAAUAUUUUUGGUGUUGAAACCACAGAGACUUUCAUCAUAACAUAAAAACCAGGAAGUAAUAGAAUUUAAGGUGACUGAGUGAGGAACAUUUGCCAACAAAUUUCAUUUUAAGAGUGCUUAGCAAGACUUAAAACACAGGUGAAGUAAUAUUCAGUUUUA